CCGCGAGACAACCUACCAUCACACAAUGCACUGCGUGGACAUUGUCCGGCAGGCGCUGAUCUGUGCCGCCGACUCGACUCUGAUCUGGAGGGAAUACGAUAUCAAAUGGCCAGGCGCGGGAGGAACCAGGGUGUGUCGGAACUUCGACGCUUUGACACAGUGGGUGAGUGAGCACAAAUAUGUGUCUCAGUCGUUUGACCCCGCUCUAUUGCCCCACACCGAUUACUGAGGGUCUGAGCCUCUGAGGACC